AUGGACAACGAGGGUUUCGCUAACGACGUUAAUCAAAUGACAAUAUGUACUGAUUCUGUGGAAAAUUUUGUUGACCAGUUUGAGACUGAGAUCGAGAAACUCCUUAAUACACAUGCACCUAUGAAAGAGAAAAUUCAAAUAUGUAGAGCACCGAAGCCCUGGUUCAGUGAAAGUAUUAUGUCCCUGAAACGAGUGAUGCGUCGAUCAGAGAGACUUUGGCGGAAACAUCGGCAACCCAAGGACUAUGAAAUUUAUAAGUGCGCACUUCACAAAUAUCACUAUGAACUUAGAAAUGUGAAACAAUUAACACUUAGUCAGAAGGUAAUUGAAUCAAAAGGUAACUCUAAAAAGCUUUAUCAGUUUGUGAAAGAUCUUACCGGAAGCAAGUCAGAAAACCCAAUGUCACCCGUGGAAGAUGAAAACACCCAUGCUGAUAAAUUCGCAGACCAUUUUAUGGACAAGAUCAAGAAGAUACGCGAGUCUCUGAAAUAUUUUGAAAACUAUUAA